UUGAACUCUCUCGAGUCUGCCUCCUUCUCAAUUCACCAGCUCCAUUAACACCCAAUGCAGAUGCAACUGGUGCAGCAGCAGCGGCGGCGGCAGCAGCUACGACGGAGCUUAUGCAGACAAGGCCUCCGGCUCCGCUCGAUCCUCUUGCACUCGCUCUGGAUCACCGUGGUCGGUGUCUUCCUCUUUCGCCUCGCCACCGCCAACACUCAGAGCAUCGUUUAUGUGAAGAUAUUCGCCGUCUCUGGUGUCGCGUUAGCAACAGUCCCCUGGAUGAUACAGCUUCUAGUCACAACAGCUAUCAUCUUGCUCUAUAAUGCAGGAGGCCGCAAUCUCCUGUGGAUCGUGCAAUCAGGACUCGAGGAGGAGAAACCAUGUGACGAAGGCUCGACGAGAGGAAGAGUUUUGAUUCAGACGCGCAGCGGUACUGAACAGCCAAGGGAUCAUUGGCCUUCGAGGUAUAAAACUUACGACGGCUCUCGCAUGCUGGUCCGAGUUGAUGGGAGAGCUGCUGGUCCUCAACUGCAGAGAAACAGAACUGUUUGACCUAAAUGGAGUAGUUUCCGUGUUUUCAUGCUUGCCACCGAACAGCUAGUCGAAGCGAUCCGACCAGGGUAUGUAGCAAGAAGCGACAUUUUGUUAAGCUUAAAUCUUUGUGAAUAAUUAGAUGUAGAUGAUGUUUUUCGAAGCAGACUGUAUAUUUACUCCUGUCUCUCCAGAAAGAAAGAACUGCAUUGCCCCCCAUUUACCGGAUUAUGCUCAUUUCCGAGCAAAGAAAG